UGGCAUUGUCCUGUAGCAAAACAAAGCGUAUUGCGAGUUUUAAAUCUGGCUGAAAUUAGCUUACAAAUUGACUGGGAUUAAACCGUGUGUCGGAUAAUGUAAUCCUAACGAAGCUCGACACGCGGGCCAAAGAUCACAGUGGCAGACACUAUAGUGCGUACUGCACCUCCGUUUGUUUGUGUGCGAAAGAAAACAAUGAAGGGAAGUAGGAGCAGCAGCAGUAGCAGUAGCAUCGGCAGAAGUGCAUGAUUUGCAAUCGAGCGUGAAUAUAGAUUCAAUGCGUUAAAAUACAUUGGGCAGCGGCGACGAAACGUAAUACGCAUAAACAUUCGCACACGAGCGCACACGGGCGUAACCAAUAGAUUUGUCGGUGUGGAACAGUGUAGCGGAUCACUCCAGUCACGACACGUUCGAGUGAUUUUUUUGUUUUUGAGUAGAGAAAUCAUCAGUGACCUAUCUGGUGGCGGUGGAAUUUUGUUUACAGUUCUGUAUCUACCCUUAGAGAACACGAACAGAGCGAAUUCAUCAUCUUCAUCAAGAACGCCACAUUCAUAUAUCGAGCAGCAGCGUUAAGCUGGAAGUAAAAUCCUUUGAGAUCUGGAAAACAUCCAAUCUCCCCACCAGGGACUGGUGACGAAUGCAGCAUGACGGUGGUUUAUCCACGCAAAAUGUUGGCCCGAUUCCAUCCGUACCAUGGUCAGAAUAUUAUACUGUUUAACGAGAACACGGUCGCGUAUCGGAAGGCCAGUUUCGGGAAUGCGCUCACCUUCAGCGAGAAACCGUUGCAACCGGGUGAAAUCUUUCUACUGGAGAUCGAGAAAAAUGAACGAGGCUGGAGUGGACACAUGAGAUUGGGUCUAACCCAGCUAGACAUUAAGCCGGCUUCCGCAUUACAGUACGCACUUCCGGAUUUAGCUAAUCUUGGCCACAGUUGGGUCUUCCCCAUCACGCGUACGGUCGGCAAUUCGAUGCUCAAAAGCAACAUCCUGGGAAAUGGGAUCAACGUGAAAACUUCUCGCGGUGUCUUUCCGCGUAGUCUGCUCAAACCAAUCUCGCAAGAUGGUGGCGCCAGUACGGAUAUUCUGCCCACGGAUACAAACUCUCGUAUCGGUGUGAUCUUCGUACCAAGUGAACACGAAGCAGACAAAGCCGAAAUGCACUUUAUCAUCAACGGUGAAGAUCAAGGACCAUGCACACAUGACAUCCCGUACACGAAGGGUGCACUGCACGUGGUGAUCGAUGUGUAUGGUACGACGAAGCAGGUGAAGAUCAUCCAGCUAUACGGUAUCUCCACUCUACAGGGUGCUUGCCGGGAUGCAAUAUUGGCACGGGUAAAAAAAUCUGCCAUUCCUGAGCUGCCGUUGCCGGAAAGUUUGAAAAACUAUUUGCUACAGUGUGGGCUCUAAGUAAGGACUGCCAUCUGAAAUUCAGGUCUGGUGGUAUGGAUAGUUGACGAUGUGGGAAACAGUUAAUCCACCCCAGCAGUAGCUUCAUUCCCAGUGAGAGCAUCGAACGGCAAAAUUGGAAUCUCCCUAGCCGAUUGCUCGCCACACUUUGUCAAGCUAUGUUUUUAAUUUAUCACAGACCGGGUUAUAAACCUCUGGACCAGUAUCAUGGUGAAGUAUCGGAUUGCAUAUAUUUGUUUUGGCACUAAACGUACAGGGUGUUUUCCUUAACUAUUGCCCUGAUUUUAAACGGGAAAUAGAUACAGCAUAAACGCGGGUUAUUCGUAAUGCAGGAAACUUUGUGUGUAGUUAAGUUGAUUUAAAAUUUGCUUUACAUCUCUACUCUUCCAUGGACUUCGUCAGAACUGCUGAAUAUAAAUUACUCUAACAACGUAAAACUUAUAAAUAAUCACAAUCGCGCUAGUAUUUUCACAUUACUUUACAGAACUCGAUUCCAUGCAGUUCAGCUCCAAGUGUAUUGGUGUAUCUGAAAUUCAUCACUACAACAUAAUGUAAAGAAGUACUCUUCACAUAAUGAUUUUUCUACUAGGUUGGAAUAAAAUGGUUACAAAUGGGACAAAUGGGGGCAGUAGCAGAACAGUUUUGUGAAUAACGGUACAAACGGGGCAAUAGGAACAAUUCCUACUUAGUUCCGGGACGUACAGGGAAAUGUUUAUAUUUAAUCAAAGCCACAGAACUAAAACAGGCCGAGCGAAAGCGAAUAAAUGGGGUGUCACCCGGUUGCAUAAUUGUCCUCGUUUGUGAUUAUGUGUAUUGAAAAGCUUGUUUUUUGAAAAGCUAGAGUACGAAAGUGAUUGAUGAGAGAACAUUAAUAAAUGUAGAAUGUCCUACAGACACAUAUUGGUGAAAAUCAUUCA